UUGAGCCUGGCCAAGAUAUCCCCCCGUGUGUGAGUGCGGAAUCGCGUGUGUUUUUGUGGCCUUACUUCUGCAAGCUGCGAUCACAGGGAGAUUCUGGGGGAGAUUCCGUUUUCAAUUCCAAGCAAAGAGCCGUCAAAAUCGUAUUUGCCCUGCUGCAGUGCUCUACAACGACUACUCAUUGGCAUUUCCUGCGCGCACACAGUCUUCCUGCUCCGCUGGGGCAGCCAAACAUUCGCAUCACUUGGAACUAACCAGCAUCUGGUUUUCAAAGGCGCUACUCUGGCGCUUCAAGCUCAGCAGAUGAUCGGCACCGAGGAUAUGUCCGCAGCGGCUGGCAUGGACAUCAGCGAGUCCUUUCGUGCCGAGGAUCUCUCGAAGGCGGACUUCUUUGACUUUGUCACCGGACCCGACAUGGGCAUCGGCAUAGGAGUGGGCGUGGGCGUGGGCGUGGAGUCGUUGGGCGUCAGUCUGCAUCAGCAGCACCACCAGAACCACCAACAGCCGCCCCACAGUCAUAACGGCCACAACAACAACAAUAACAAUAAUAACAACAACCACGUCCAGGUGGUGCACCAGCCCAUUACGUCGCAAUCGCAACAGCAGAGCCUCUGCGGUGGUGCGAGAGCCAACAGCAACAACAUGAUCCACGACGGCGGAGGCGGUGGUGCAGGCGCCGGUGGUGGCGGAGUCGUGGUGCCCGUGGGCAACCGCAACGGCACCAGCAACGGUGGCGAUCCCACGUUACAGGGCUAUGAGUUUUGGCACCAGGACAAGGACAACAGCCGCCUGGACUCCAGCUCGAUAUUCGAGGACCUCGAUCGCUACUGCUGGCAACAGCAGCCGGUCACAACCAGCGCCAGUAAUGGCGGAUCCGCCAGCACCAAUCAGCCCAGUCCCACCUCGCCGCAGGGUCACCUCCAGCAGCAGCAGCAGCAGCAUCAGCAGCAGCAGCAUCAGCAGUUGCAGCAGCAACAUCAGCAGCAGCAGCAGCAGCAGCAGCAGCAACCGAAUGCGAACAGCUCCUCGGCGGCAUCCAGUGGAGCGGGCAGCAGCAGCGACACGAUCAGCAGCCUGGACACCACCGAUGGCCAGAUCUACACCCUGACAGUAUUAAAUGGAGGAGAGCCCUGGCUGAAGCGCUCGGAGGCGGAACAGCUGCCCACUGCGCUGGAUCUGGACAGUCUGCUGGGCAGUUUUCCGGGCUACAUCAAAUCGGAGUAUCCCUACGAUGACAGUGGCUUCAGUACGGAUGGCAAGGAUGUGAUCGGCAAUGGCACGGAUGGUCUCAGCAGUAUUUCCCACGCACAAAACCCGGGUCAGCAGGCGCAACAACAGACGCUGCCCUCGCUGGUCACAGCCAUCUCGCUGGCGGGCGGCAAUGAUCUGGGCCAGCAGUUGGCCCAAUUCCAGAACAACAACAACGACUGGCACAUGGCGGAUCACAAUACGGAAACGGAGCAGAGUACGGCGGAGUCGCUGCUGCGGAGCGCGCUGCAGGGAAAGGGCUACGCCAAGGGUUUGCACAUGCAAAAUGGCCUGACCAUGCCGGUGGUCAAGGAUGAGGACAUGCGACGUUUGCUCUUCACCGAUGAGGCAGCUGCUUUGGGUUUUGCGGACUCCACUCUAAGUGCCGCCCAGAUGUUCGACGAGGCCCAGGGCAUCCAUCUAAGUACCCAGCAGCAGCAGCAGCAACAACAGCAGCAGCAACAGCAGCCGCUUAAUGGGAAUGCCAAUAUUCUGGUGGACGAUAUGUUCCUGUCGCUGGAGAAUGCCUUCAGCGAUGAUUUCGAGAAGAUCAAGCGCAUCGCCAACGAAGUGCAGCAGUUCUGCAGUGCCGGCUCAGCAGGCACACCCACUCCCGGCGACUAUGUGCCCACCAGUGAUGUGUUAAUGCAAAUCUCACCCAGUCCGGCGGUUACAUCCGCCGGUCAACUGCAGCCACCGCAGCCCUUGAAACCGGAGGUCAGUACCUCCACGUCGCCCACAUCGGCGGUGGUCACUUCCGGCGCCGCCAGCAGCCAUGUUCGCUCCGGCGGCGGCGUGGUCAAGCCCAAGAAGGCGUACAAGCGGAGCAGCAGUAAUAACAAUAAUCCCAAUGUGGCCAACAACAAUCAGAGUAGUGCUGGCAAUCCGCUGAUAGCCGGUGGCAGUGGCAGCGGCAGCUCCUCGUCGAGCGGCAGUGCCAGCAGCAGCAGCAACAGUCCGCCCGCCAACUCCGGCGGCAGUUCGUCCUCCUCCUCGGGCAGCACACAGCGCAAGGAGCGCUCCCUGCACUACUGCUCCAUUUGCGCGAAGGGAUUCAAGGACAAGUACUCGGUGAAUGUGCACAUACGCACGCACACCGGCGAGAAGCCCUUCGCCUGCUCGCUGUGUGGCAAGAGUUUUCGCCAGAAAGCCCACCUGGCCAAGCACUACCAGACGCACAUGACCCAGAAGAACAACGGCAACAUCAUCAAGGGCGGCUCCGGCAAACACCAGCGAUCGAGUGGCGGAUCCUCGGCGGGAGCGGCCAGUGCCGCGCUCAACCAGCGGCAGCAACAACUUGGUGGCGGCGUGGUGCCACCUUCGCUGCCCGUGAUGAUCAGCAAUCCCAAUACGCCACCCGGAGGAGUGCUGCCACCGGCCAAUGGACUCCUGGCCAAUCGGUAG